UGGUCGUUGAUGGCGGCAGCGUUUGGCACCUCCCAUCUUGAAAAUGACCUCUGACUCGUUCGCGAAACGUUCUCCAGUUUCGGCUCGUCAAACACUUGCCGCCGGUGCUGACUUGCUGCGCCACUUCCCUGUCAGCUCCAUGCCUCCCUCGGACCUCCUCUGCCUGCUUCUGGCCGCCGCCGCCGCGCGUCUGCUCGCGCCGGCCGGCCGCGCACACGCGCAGGGCGGCAACCUCUUCCCCACGCCGGCGUCCACGAACGUCUCCACCAGCUGGGCCAUCAGCCUGAAGGCGGGCGGCCGUGGCGCGCAGCAGAGCUUCGGGUACAUGGACGGCAUGUCCGUGAGCGUCUUCCUCCUCCAGUCCGUCCAGGCUCCCCCGCAGGGAGGCCUCUCCUUCGCCGCGUGCUUCUACUGCGCCGACCCGUGCGCCGACUUCUACUUCGGCGUCUGCAUCCUCCAGGUCGACAGCGGCGGCUUCCUCAGCUGGCCCGACGCGGGCACCCUGCAGGUCGUCUGGUCCGCGAACCGGGACCGCGCCGUCCGUGAGAACGCCGCCCUCAGCUUCACGGCCGCCGGCGACCUGCUGCUCCGGGACACCGACGGGAGCCUCGUCUGGUACACAGGCACCUCAAACCAGUCCGUUGCCGGGAUGACGGUGACCAAGUCCGGCAACCUGGUGCUCUUCGACCGCAAGAACGCGCCGGUUUGGGAGUCGUUCAGCCACCCGGCAGAUUGUCUGCUCCCGGGCCAGCAACUGGUGGAAGGGAUGAGGUUGACACCGAAUGCCUCCGCCACCAACUGGACGAUCAACAAUCAGCUUUAUGUUACUGUCCGUGCUGAUGGUUUGUAUGCAUUUGUUGAAUCUUCGCCUCCUCAACUCUACUACCAAAAGACGGUGCCCAAAUCCAGCAGCAGGAAAACUUAUAUGACCCUGACAAAUGACUCGGUGGCGAUCUUUGCAUCCUCCUCUGACAAUGUAUCAAUUCUAGAGACGGGUAGCAAGAUCAACAUGACGGCAGGAGGAAUGAUGUACUUGAGGCUCGAAUCAGACGGACAUCUGAAGUUGUAUCAGUAUAAAGGAAUAGAUGGAUGGACCAUGACACAGGAUAUUCUCAAGGGGCAAGUAGAUGAUUGUGCUUACCCGACUGUCUGUGGUGAGUACGGAAUGUGCACCAAUGGGCAGUGUACAUGCCCAAUUCCAGUUGACAGCAACUCUACAUACUUCAAGCAGACUGAUAACCGCAGGAUCAACCUCGGAUGCACGCCAGUGGCUCCAAUUUCUUGUGCGUCGAUGCAAGACCACCAGCUCCUUGCUCUAAGUAAUGUUUCUUACUUCAACUUUGUAGAUUCAAGGGCCGCUUUGCCUCAGAUGAUCGAUGAAGAGAGUUGCAAGAAGGCAUGCUUGCGGAACUGCUCCUGCAAGGCUGCAUUCUUUCAGUACGGCGGUAAUGACACUUCUCAAGGCUCGUGUUACCUGCCAACACAAGUUUUUUCAUUGCAAGUAAAUCAGUGGGAAGUUACUCACUAUAGUUCUACUGCAUACCUUAAGGUGCAGAACACGCACUCACCCCCUAGUCCUAGUCCCUCGAACUCGAAUGGUACGGUGAGUACGUCCACACCGACAGGAAACAGGAUUGGUAAAGAAGCAAUUGCUGGCUUCACAGUAGCAGGAGUAUCUUUACUUGCUGCGAUCAUCACUACAUUAGUUUGUUGGAGGCGAUUUCAGCAUAGCGAUGAUGACGAUGAAUUUGGAGAAGUGCUAGGUAUGACUACUAGGUUCACAUUUGAACAGUUGAAAGUAGCAACUGAGCAAUUUAGCAAAUUGCUCGGGAAAGGAGGAUUCGGAUCAGUUUUUGAGGGUCAGAUAGGCGAGCAGAGAGUUGCUGUAAAACAGCUGGAUCGAGCUGGUCAAGGAAAGAAGGAAUUCUUGGCAGAAGUUGAGAUAAUUGGAAACAUUCAUCAUAUAAAUCUAGUGAGAUUGAUUGGCUUCUGCGCCGAGAAAUCCCAGAGACUCCUGGUGUAUGAGUAUAUGUCAAAAGGAUCAUUGGACAACUGGAUCUAUUUCCGAGAUGUAAAUAGGCCUCUUGAUUGGCAUACACAAUGCAGGAUUAUCACCGAUAUCGCCAAGGGCCUAGCUUAUCUUCAUGAAGAGUGCCGGCAGCGAAUUGCUCAUCUGGAUAUCAAACCGCAAAAUAUCCUCUUAGAUGACAACUUCAGUGCAAAACUUUCUGAUUUUGGUCUAUCUAAGAUGAUUGACAGGGAUAAGAGCCAAGUGAUUACAAGAAUGAGAGGCACUCCUGGAUAUUUAGCCCCUGAGUGCUUGACAUCACAAAUCACUGAGAAAGUUGACAUAUACAGCUUCGGUGUAGUAGUCAUGGAAAUUAUCAGCGGGAGGAAGAACCUUGAUUAUUCCCAACCCCAAGAAAAUGUUCAUCUCAUUAGCAUAUUGCAAGAGAAGGCAAGGAAUGAUCAGUUGGAAGAUUUGAUUGGUAUGAAUGGCGAUGAAAUGCAAAUUCACAAAGAAGAACUGAUACAGAUGAUGAAGCUCGCCAUGUGGUGUUUGCAGAUUGAUUACAACAAAAGGCCUCAAAUGUCGGUUGUUGUAUGGACUGGGUGAAGGAUAUAAAUCCAUUGUUGGGGUGCCAAUUUAAUUCUCUCUAUGGAUAAAAUAAGAAUCAAGUUUAUAUAUAGAACCAAAUAAUGCUAGAAUUAAGUGUAAGCACUGGCAACAUAAAUUUAUGUUAGAUCUCUGUUAUUGUUA